CGUUUACAUCGUCAACCCACCACUUUCACCAUGGAAGCCCUCACGUCGCUGUGGGCCACUCUCAAAGUGUACCAGGGCCCGCUAGUGACGCUGGCGCUGAUCUUCGGCCCCGGCCUCGCGCGGCGCCUGACCGCGCUCCUCUCUCCACCGCCCGCCGACGCGGCGCCGCCCCCGCGCCCGCGCCUUUUAUGGCUCCUCCUCCUCCUGCACGCAGCGUACGCGGCCCUCGUCCUCCUGUCUCCGCCCUACGACGCCUUCGCCUCCCUGGACCUCCUCACGCCGUCCGACAUUCUGCGCCCGCUGGUCCUGCGCGACCUCGGCCAACCCACAGACGGGUGGACCCAAGUCGACCCGCUCGUCGAGCUCUUCCUCGCGCGCCUCGGCACCGUCGACGGCCGCAUCGCAUACUCGCGCUGGGGCCACGCCGUCUUCUUCCACUGCGCGUGGUGCCGCCAGCGCGGCGACUUUGCGCUCGCCGCCGCGCCCCGCGUCCUCGGCCCGUAUGUGCUGCAAGCCCUCGUCCUCGGCGUGGUGGGGUGGGACGCCGUCGGCGGGGCGGGCAGCCGGAUGCGCGCGAACAAGUGGCGCAACACGCUCGGAUGGGUCGUCGCCGCCGCCGCCGCCGCAGAGUUCGGCGCGCGGUGGUACGUCGAGAUGCGUGUUGUGCAUGGUCAUCUGACGCAUCUCUCGCCCGCGCUCGACAAGGCGCGCGCACUCGUCCAGCUCGCGAUUACGGCCGCGUACGUCCUGCUGCCGGUACGCCCGUCGCCUGCGGACCUGAACAACGCGCGGCUCACGCGCACGCUCGAGUCGGCGUACAAUACGCUGUCGCUCGCACAGGCCGCGCGCACCGCCAUCGCGGGCAGCCCGGCGCUGUCGCGCUCCGCGGGCGAGUGGGCCGCUGCGCGCGUCAAAGCGGAAGACGCGGCGCGCUCCGACCCCGCCGUCGUCGGCGCCGCGCUCGAUGCGGGCGUGUAUGAGCGCGGCCCCGCCGGGCCAGGGUAUGCGAAGAGCAACCGCGAGGGGGCCGGGCGCUUCGUGCGCGCGCAGUGGGGGCGGGUCGUGAGGCGGCAGUAAGAGCAUGCACACAAUAACAAAAGCCUCCGCGGAGGCAAGCGCGCACCUUCUUCUCCGCGCGGGGGAUGGCACAGCGGACGAACCCAAGGACCAUGUGUGCCCCCCGGCUAAGCGUGAAGGAUUUAGACAAGACCAGACAAGACAAUUCAAGAUCGGACACGAGAACGGCAGGAUACAUCUGGGCGACACUCGGGUUCGAACCGCAGACUUAUGUACCUGACUGGACGGUGGCAAGUGGACUCGCCCCGAGCAUUUUACCGCUCGUCUCACAGUUCGUCACGCUGGAUGGAUGCAUGCCGAACCUGCGCCAUAUAAGGGAGAUGUGGAGGCAUGCCUGCGCCGUCCAGACCGGUUUUCUGCAUCGCUCGAGCGAUGAAAUGGUUUUUUUUUGUUUGCGAGCAGUACGAAAAAUCAAUGCAUGCGCGCAUGCGCACUAAUCUCCGG